AUGAUUCAAGGCAUCUUCUAUGCUAGAUUCCUGCCAAAGGAAGGCCCGCACAUCGUGGCCCAGUCGCCCACGGGAUGCAUAACUCCCGCGCCCGGCGCGACGAAGCCGCCGCUGAUUGAUUGGGAUGUGAUGCAAGAGUACAUCAUGCCGCGCAAGGCCUUCUUCAACCGGUACCUGACUGUUCUGGACCCGGAGGGCAAGUAUGCCAUUCUGGGCUUCCCAGUCCUCAUUCCGCACGCAAAAUAUCAGCGUAAUGAGUUCAUUUUCAAUUUCGGCAUCGUAGUGGACGCCGACGCGGACCAGGCGCCGUACGAGCCUGUCGUCCGGCGGCUUGCCGUUACGUUCAAGGAGAUGGAGAAGCAGAAUGAGUAUCUGAGCCAAGAGGGAUCCGGGGCCGGUAGCGGUGUUGGGCCAAGGGGAGGUGAUCGCAGACCUAUUGAGAGCCUGUUGGAGAUUGUCAAGGAGGAUUUGAAUAACUACGGCGAGUGCAUGAUCCCAGUCGAUGACGCGAACACAAUUAACAUGAAGCUCUUCCCUCACCACUCCACGCCUCCGCAGGUGAGAGGUUGGCACGUCCCUGUCGCCAAGAUGAAGUUCGCCGAGAUCGUCGACCCGACGUGGGACCUGACGAUGCAGAAGGUCGUUGCGCACAUUGACGGCGUCAACGACGUCCGACGCAUCGCCUGGGCCGCCGACGUCUCGCUCGACCUCGCCAAGCUCGCCCUGCGCCAUCUACUCUACUACGACACCAUCCUUUUGCUGGAUAUGUUCUUUUUCGGCUCCUGCUACGCACCGCGGCCCGGCAUCCACGAUUUCCUAGCGAACCGUGACGGCAUCGUGGACGAGUGCGCCGCGUACGUGUGUAUUCACGCCCGACAGCGCCUGAGCAACUUUAUGCUGAUCAGGCUCAUGAUGACCUUCUGCGUUGGGAAGAGCGUGAUGGAGUGGUUGAGGGGUCACCAGGAGGCCGGGCUCGACGUUCUGCGGUACGUGGACGUGAGGCGUUUGGUGCAGUUUGGUGUCAUCAAGGGAUGUCUCUAUCGCGUGCACAAGUACGUCGUGUCUAAGCAGUAUCUGGCGGCAUUGGCGACGGGACAUGCUAGGCCCAAGGCUGGCGGGGAUCCGUUGCAGAAGUACACGGAUGGGUGUCACUCUUUUGACCAGAUCAUCACGGAAAACAACGUGACGGAUAGCGAGAUCAUGGAGAAGCUCAAGGCUCUCCCGGUGCCGAGCGGGGACUUGACAGUGUUCUACCGGUGA